CUACCUCCCGUCAGUUAUACCUGUCGCCCAGCUCGGCCGGGCCGCGGGUUUGGGCUGGGCUGCGUCGUCCUGCGCGUAGCGGCGGUGCCGGGAGAAAGUGUCCUGAGAGGUGGGGCGAGCUAUUGCAGAUAUGAGUGAGGAGACUUCAGCUGCAACAAGUGAAUCUGACAAAAUGAGAGGUGGUAAUCAGAAGGCUGCUGCCUUACUGGCCCUACUAGACAAGACUGGAUACAACAUGAUUCAAGAAAAUGGGCAGAGAAAAUUUGGUGGGCCUCCACCAGGUUGGGAAGGUCCUCCACCACCUCGUGGAUGUGAAGUUUUUGUGGGUAAGAUCCCUCGUAACAUCUAUGAAGAUGAACUAGUCCCUCUUUUCGAGAGAGCUGGGAAGAUCUAUGAGCUCAGGCUGAUGAUGGAAUUCAGUGGUGAGAAUCGAGGCUUUGCUUUUGUAAUGUACACUACUAAAGAGGAUGCCCAGCUAGCCAUCAAGAUUCUUAAUAAUUAUGAAAUUCGUCCAGGGAGAUUUAUUGGUGUCUGCAUAAGCUUGGACAACUGCAGACUAUUUAUUGGAGCAAUUCCAAGAGAAAAGAAGAAAGAAGAAAUAAUAAAAGAAAUGAAAAGAAUUACAGAAGGAGUGGUGGAUGUCAUUGUUUGUCCAGAUGCCACUGACAGAACUAAAAAUCGUGGAUUUGCUUUCGUAGAAUAUGAGUCUCACAGAGCAGCUGCAAUGGCUAGAAGGCGGCUACUCCCAGGAACCUUCCAGCUCUGGGGUCGUACGGUUCAAGUAGAUUGGGCAUGCCCAGAGAAAGAAGUUGAUGCAGAAACAAUGCGAAGAGUUAAAGUACUUUAUGUAAGAAACUUAAUGAUUUCUACUACAGAGGACACAAUUAAAGCUGAAUUCAACAAGUUCAAGCCACGAGUAGUUGAACGUGUAAAGAAGUUGAGAGACUAUGCAUUUGUUCAUUUCUAUAACCGAGAGGAUGCAGUAGCUGCCAUGUCCGUAAUGAAUGGAAAGUGCAUUGAUGGAGCUAGCAUUGAGGUAACACUGGCAAAGCCGGUUAACAAAGAAAGUACUUGGAAACAACAUCUUAAUGGUCAUGUAAGCCCCUGUUCUGAAAAUCUAGUGGGAUUUCCUAGCAAAGAAGAUGGUCAUCAAAAAUCUGUAGGGAAACCUGCAAGUCUUUCACUUAAUCUUAAUGGUCAGUACAGUCCAAGCUCUCCUGAACUUGAAUGGUAUCCAUACCCAUUUCUUCCGGGAGUAAAGCUUAUUCCAAUUAGCAUGUAUUCUCUGAAAUCCAGUUACUUCAGUUCUGCCGUGAUGCGUCUGGAUUAUUUUUGCUAUAAAAAUAACUGGUUACCACCAGAAUACUACCUGUAUUCAACCACAAGUCAGGAUGGGAAAAUACAUUUGGUGUGCAAGGUACUUAUUCCUAGUAUUGCAGAUGGUUCCCAGAGUUGCUUCAUGUCACACAAACUCUGUACAACAUUAGAAGACGCGAGGGAGUUGGCAGCACAGAUGGCGCUUCUCCAUCUAGCUUACAGACAGUGAACAUAAACUUUUAACUGAGCCUGUGUAGGAGAACUUGGAGAAAAGAAAGACAGCUGUACACCCAAUUUGGCUUGAAUUGCCCUGAAGAACAUAGUUGAGCCUUUGAAAAGUUUGGUAUUUGUUACUUUGAAUCUUGCCAUGAAAGGAAGAACGCCACACUAAUGCACGAUUACUGGAAAUUCAGAUUACAUGUUACUUGUUGAAGGAUUUUUCAAAAGCACACGUGUUUUAAAAUUUCAAUUUGGAAGAUUAGUGCAAUUCAAUGUUAAAUUGUUUUAGUUAGAUUAAGUUUGUUUUGAAGGUAAUUUGUUUAAAAGAUUUCAUUACCUGUAAUAGUUUAUACAACAAUAGCCUAUUUUUAGUGUUGAAAUAGUUCGGUAUGACUCCUGCCCCCUUGUAUUACGAGUUUUAUGCAGAGAAUUUUUUAAGAUUGUGCUGCACGUAAUCUUAAGUAAACAUUUAAAAUCCAACACUGGUGAUGCUGCCUUUUCAAACAUAAAAAUAAUUCCUGCUAUUUCUGUUAGUAGCUGCGAUAUGAAAUGUAAAUACUACACUCGCAUUUGUUUCUGUAACAACGCAAAAUUUUAUAGGAAGAACAAUUCCUACAAACAUUUCCUUUUAGAGAAAAUUCAUUCGUUUUGUUUCUUUUUCUUUGUUUUAAGAAUAAAAGUGAAUACAAGAGAAUAAAAUCUCCUUUUUAAACUUGAUAUAUGCUUUCAGCUCCUGAUCAAGAUUAAGAGUCUAAUAGCACGACGUGUACAAGUGAUGGUUGUAAGCUUUUUUUAACCUGAAAAGUUGGUUGGGGGAAAAAAAAGAUAGAAAACAAUGCAAUUGAGUGCUUUAAGUUGAAUAAUUUUUCUUAAUGCAGUCAAAUAUUACAGUUGGAUGUGUUUCAUCAUUAUAUUGCCUUUUUUGAUCCACCUAAAUGUUAUUUGUAUUUUAUAAUAGCUACAGUUGUUUUAAGUGUUGAAAAUUUUAAUGUGUAAUAUUGUGUUUGAUAUCUUCACUUGAAUAUUAAAUUUAUGCUGUUAGCA